ACACCAUCACUUCAACGUGUUGCAUCCCAUGCUGAAGCUUAUUGCACGCAGCCUCGAGCUACCCGAAGACACGCUGGUCAAUAACCAUGAUUAUGACGCCGUAGGCGAGACGUAUGUCCAGGUUCAUGAAGUAUUACCCAAGAACAGAGGAAGAAGAAAUCAAAACAAAGAACGUUUGGCUUAAGGGACACACAGACUUUGGAAGCAUUACGAUUCUGUGGAGUCAGCCUGUCGCUGCACUGCAGAUUCUGACCCGUGACGGUACAUGGCGCUGGAUCCGCCAUAUCGAAAAUGCACUCGUCGUCAAUGCAGGCGAUGCAUUGAAUUUCCUUACCGGCGGGUAUUACAAGGGCACAAUUCAUCGUGUUGUAAAGCCCCCAGAGGAUCAGCGGAACUACACUCGCCCUCGGAGUCUUCUACUUUGUCAUGCCCAACGACGAUGUCAAGUUGGUGCCAAUGGCCGAAAGUCCAGUCCUGCAGAGAGCUGGAAUUCAGAGUCGUUGCGACGAUAGCGAGGCACAGACGAUGGAACAAUGGAGGAAAGCGAGGACAUCUGGCCUAUGGCCAAUCAGAACUGGAGAAUAGACAAGGAGAAAGGCGUGGAACAAGAAGUCAUCAAUGGGGUGUUAGUUAAGCACUACAACUGAAGCUUGGAACUUCAAGAUGUUAGAUGUACUUGCUCUUUCAUCAUCCUUGAUGAACAUGUCGUCAACAAUAUAUACAAUGAGAAUCUAGGCAGUCGUGC